AUGUGUAAGCACACAUGUUUGACCCCACUUGGAAAUCCUACUGAGCCUCCCAUAGACAUAGUUGAGUACGAGGUUCACCAAAUGCCACGUGUAGGAGAUGAGACAACAAGCGCAAGAGCAUAUGUUGGAGAGUCUUUGGGUGCCAAAGAUGAAACAGUGCUUUUGGUGAAUGGUCGCCGAUUGUGUCUUUAUUAUAAGUCGGCUACUAAAGAGGAGUUCCUGCAGGAAUUUGCCCAAAAGGAUGAAACAAAGGUUCCCGCAGCAACUGAUAAGGUUCCUGCAGCAACUGAUCAGGAAAAUAAGAGGUUGUCCGCUUCUCCAGGGAAAGCCAAGAGAAAGUUGGAGGAAGGCGAACCCAACAAGAAGGAGGCUACUUCGAGCAAAAAAAGCAAGAGCGCCACUGGGAUGAAAGCCCAUGAUGAAAAGAAUGAUACAGAGGAAACUGGAAAAGAGGGCAGUGAAAUGGAAAUGGAUGAGUCAGAGGGUGAGGAAAGUUGGAAAGAUGAGGAUGUGGGUGCAGAGGAAGAAAAAGGUGAGAACGAGUCUAACAAUGAUAGUCCAAUUCACAGUGCUAGCUUAGGCAACGACAACAGCCAGCCUAUGAUGGAAUGGGGGAUAUUUGAGGACAUAUUGCAGUUUAUGGUUGAAGAUGCUCCUGUUGCAGAUGAUCCACCAAUUGAAGAAGAAAAUAUUGCAGAACCCUCUUCUCUCGUAGUUUCUGCAGAGGAUGAUUUGCUCGUUGCCGAAGGAGCUGCAGUUAUUAUGGAAGAAGAGAUGGUUGAGGGAAUAAAUGAUGUUGCAGUGGAUGUUCGCCUUUCACGCCAGUUGAAGGAAAGGAUACUCAAGAAGAUGACUAAAGAUCAAAUUACAGAAAAGCUGAGAAGUGUAAGGAAUGGCAUCAGCGGAGCAAUCAGCGAUACUACCAAUCCCAUACCACCGUUUGAGGAUGAUAGAGCACUGGGACAGGGGAGGAGGAGGAGAUUAGACAAGGGUGGCAGAGGUUUUGGAGGAGGAGGAGUAGGUGGAGGUGGAGCAGAUGGGGGAGGUUUUGGAAGAGGAGGAGGAGGAGGAGGUGGUGGAGGUAGUGGGGGAGGUGGUUUUGGGGAUGGAGGUAGAUUUGGAGGUGGAGGUGGUGGAGGAGGAUGGUUACAAAGGAGAGGCAAAGUCGAGGCACAGUUGGAGGAAAGAGAUGCAGAGAUUGCAGCCAGGGAUGUCCAUCUUUUUGCAUGGGAGGCCAAGUUGACUGUAGUUGUGUGA